AUGGAAUCUUUAAUAAGUUCUGGCACCAGCGCCAAGUCGGGCUCGUUUGACGAUUUGGCCAACUUCAUCCAAGAAAACUUUAAGAAGAGAGUAUGUGCCUUUUUUACAAAAGACACCAAGUCCAUGGGUAACUUAUGUAAAUGUGGAUACCCUGAAAAUCAGCACAUAGAGGGCACCCAGGUUAACACUACUGAGAAAUGGAACUACAAGAAGCACACCAAGGAGCUUCCUACUGAUGCCUUAGUGGACAUUCAGUUUGAAAACUUGGGAAAAAGAGGAAAGUACAUCCGCCUGUCGUGUGACACAGAAUCUGAGACCCUCUACGACCUCGUGACCCAGCACUGGCACCUGAAGACCCUCAACCUCGUCAUCUCCGUCACCGGCGGUGCCAAAAACUUCACGCUCAAGCCCCGCAUGCGCAAGAUCUUCAGCAGGCUGAGCUACAUUGCCCAGUCCAAGGGAGCCUGGAUUUUCACCGGGGGAAUGCACUACAGGCUGAUGAAGUACAUGUGGGAGGUGGUGAAGAACAACACCAUCAGCCACAGCUCCGAGGAGAAUAUGGUGGCCAUCAGCAUCACUGCCUGGGGCAUGAUCUUUAACCGGGAAUCACUCAUCUGCACCGCCAGCAGCAACGGGAGCUACUUGGCCCACUACAUCAUGGAUGACCUGAAGAGAGACCCCCUGUACUUCCUGGAUAACAACCACACCCAUCUGCUGCUGGUUGACAAUGGCACCCACGGGCAUCCCACCACAGAGGCCAAAGUGCGGAGCCAGCUGGAGAAGUACAUUUCAGACAGGGUGUUGCCAGAAUCUAAUUAUGGUGGGAAGACCCCAAUUGUGUGUUUUGCCCAAGGUGGUGGAAAGGAGACUUUGAAAUCCAUCAACGUGGCCAUCAAGAGCAAGAUCCUGUGUGUGGUGGUGGAGGGCUCGGGGCGCAUCACUGAUGUCAUUGCCAGCCUGCUGGAGGCCGAGGGCACUCUGGCCUCCUCCUGUGUCAAGGAGAGCCUGCUCAGGUUCCUGCCCCGCACCAUCUCCAGGCUCUCCGAGGAGGAGACGGAGAGCUGGAUCAAGUGGAUCAAAGAAGUCCUUGAGAGCCCUCAUUUACUGACAGUGAUAAAAAUAGAAGAAGCUGGAGAUGAAAUUGUGAGCAAUGCCAUUUCCUUUGCCCUGUACAAAGCUUUCAGCACCAACGAGCACGACAGGGACAACUGGAACGGGCAGCUGAAGCUGCUGCUGGAGUGGAACCAGCUGGACCUGGCCAGUGAUGAGAUCUUCACCAAUGACCAAAACUGGGAGUCUGCAGACCUGCAGGAUGUGAUGUUCACAGCCCUGGUGAAAGACAGGCCCAAAUUUGUCCGGCUCUUCCUGGAGAACAGCUUGAAUCUGCGCAAGUUCCUGACCACAGAGGUCCUGAGGGAGCUCUACACCAACAACUUCAGCAGCCUGGUGUUCAACAACCUGCAGAUUGCCAAGAACUCCUACAACAAUGCCCUCCUCACCUUUGUGUGGAAGAUGGUGGAGGAUUUCCACAGAGGUUUCAAAAGAUAUUACAAGAACAGCAAGGAUGAGAUGGAGAUACAGCUCUCAGAGGAGUGUCCUAUCACAAGGCACCCAUUGCAAGCUCUGUUUAUUUGGUCAGUUCUUCAGAACAAGAAAGAGUUGUCCAAAGUCAUUUGGGAACAAAUGAGAGGCUGCACUUUGGCAGCCCUGGGGGCCAGUAAGCUCCUGAAAAGCAUGGCCAAGGUGAAGAAUGAUAUAAAUGCUGCUGGUGAGUCCGAGGAACUGGCUAACGAGUAUGAGACAAGAGCAGUAGAACUGUUCACCGAGUGCUACAGCAACGAUGAAGAGCUGGCAGAGCAGCUGCUGACUUAUUCCUGUGUAGCCUGGGGAGGCAGCAACUGUCUGGAGCUAUCAGUGGAGGCCAGGGACCAGCAGUUUAUUGCCCAGCCAGGUGUGCAGAAUUUCCUCUCCAAACAGUGGUAUGGAGAGAUUUCAAGAGACACUAAGAACUGGAAGAUUAUACUGUGCCUGUUCUUUUUCCCUUUAAUAGGCUGUGGUUUCAUCUCAUUCAGGAAAAAGCCUGUGGGGAAGAGUAAGAAACUCUUCUUAUAUUAUGUGUCUUUCUUCACGUCCCCCUUUGUGGUCUUCUCCUGGAACGUCAUCUUCUGCAUUGCUUUCCUGCUACUCUUUGCCUACGUGCUGCUGAUGGAUUUCCAGAAGGAACCCACGGCCCUGGAGAUCAUCCUCUACGUGCUGGUCUUCAUUCUGCUUUGUGAUGAAGUGAGACAAUGGUACAUGAACGGCAGCAAGUAUUUCUCAGACCUGUGGAAUGUUAUGGAUACCCUUGCAAUCUUCUACUUCAUAGCAGGGAUUGUGUUCAGGUGAAUACUUCACUCUGAUGAAAGCUCUUGGUAUUCCAGGAGAGUAAUUUUCUGUUUGGACUACAUAGUUUUUACCCUGAGGCUCAUCCACAUUUUCACAGUUAGCAGGAAUCUAGGACCAAAAAUUGUUAUGCUGCAGAGGAUGAUGAUAGAUGUCUUCUUCUUCCUCUUCCUCUUUGCUGUGUGGAUGGUGGCCUUUGGUGUGGCCAGGCAAGGCAUCCUGAGGAAGAACGAGCACCGCUGGGAGUGGAUCUUCCGGUCGGUCAUCUACGAGCCCUACCUGGCCAUGUUUGGCCAGUACCCUGAUGAUAUUGAUGGUACCACCUACAACUUUGACCACUGCGCCUUUUCUGGGAACGAGUCCAAGCCCCUGUGCAUGGAGCUGGAUGCCAACAACCAGCCCCGCUUCCCCGAGUGGAUCACCAUUCCAGUGUGCAUCUACAUGCUCUCCACCAACAUCCUCCUGGUCAACCUGCUUGUGGCCAUGUUCGGCUACACAGUUGGAUCAGUGCAGGAGAACAAUGACCAGGUGUGGAAGUUCCAGCAUUUUUUCCUGGUGCAGGAAUAUUGCAGUUGCCUGACCAUCCCCUUCCUUGUCAUUUUUGCCUACAUAGACAUGGUGCUGAGGAAAUGCUUCAAGUGCUGCUGUAACAAGGAAAGCAAAGAGCCAUCCAUCUGUUGCUCAAGAAAUGAGGACAAUGAAAUCCUGGCAUGGGAAGCUGUCAUGAAGGAAAAUUACCUCAUCAAAAUCAAUACAAAAGCAAAUGAUUCAUCAGAAGAGAUGGUGAAUCGAUUCAGAGAGCUGGAUGCAAAGCUCUCUGAUUUGAAAGGCCUUCUGAAAGACAUUUCCAGUAAAAUUAAAUGA